AUGGGUGAUAUUUAUCGAAAGGCGAAAUGCGUCCUGGCCUGGCUGGGUCAUGCAGCGGAUGAUAAUGAUGCAUACUUCGACUACUUAGAGCGCGUUCGGACUACCGAGAGAGUUGAAAAGAAGCGAAUUGACGAGGCAGGGAACCGCGCCGUAGUCUUCCUGAACAAACGACCGUACUGGCGCCGCGCCUGGAUCAAGCAAGAACUCAUCCUCGCCAAGGACAUCACCAUCUACUGCGGAUCUAAGUCUCAUGCGGGGGAAUCCUUCUUCUGGUUCGCAAGUGUAUCAACUAUAGGCGAGUUUGGUGGUUAUGAAGACUACAUUUCUAGGAUAUACUUGCACAGAAGAACUAAGGGAGAACGUGAGACACUGGAACAAUUGUUACACAGAUAUGCCAAUUCUGAGUGCUCCAGUCGUCUUGAUCGGGUCUUUGCGCUGUUAUCGAUGGCUUCGGAUUGCACAGGCAUGGAGAGCAGGCUCGUGGACUACAGCCUUAGUCCCUCAGCGUUGUUCUUUGCGUUGAUUGCUCAUUUCGAGCCCUCGAACGUUUUGCCAUUCGUUACAAUCCUACAAGAUGCAUUGAAUGUGCGUCGAGUUGAGCUUCAGGAAUACAUGUGUUCAGUAUUUGGAGACAUCACUCGCAAGCCUUCCUCUCUCAUGGAAAAGCUGGCCAUCGACUAUAUCCACAGAGUACAGAACUACAUGGUUUCGAUUGCUUCUGGUAUUUCGGUUUCGCAUGCGGAGUUCAUUACUCAGUCCUAUAACGCCAUGCUCCCAUCAGAACUUCCACGCAAACACAUAGUGUUCCAUAUCAAAGGCACCAAGCUUGGCUUGGGAUUUAUGCCCUCGCUGUUCGGCCUCCACUUUCGAGCCGUUUGUAAGAAAGAGGAACACGUCGGAGCUGAAGAAGCUGAUGGGAUUUGGGAAACCUACAACCCGCCCAUCACAGUCGAGCAGGUCUGGAGAUACAUGAUCCUUCCCGCCGUUGUCCUCGACAAAAGCGGUCCACAUCUGAUGGAUCCAGAUUUGAUCGCGCCGGUAAAAGACGCUGUUGUCGGAAAUCACGGUCCAGACGCCGUGAAACCCAGUAUUGACAUAAUAUGUUACACCUUGGCUGAGCUCAGGCGAAAGGAAAAGUUCAAGAACCGGAAACUUUGUUUGGUUGAUUGUCGAUAUGUGGUCGGUACUCUGUACGGGUACUCACUGAUGCGGCCGCUUGGGUUUAAGGAAUCGAGCGACAAGUAA